UCCAGUGCGCAUGCGUGCUAGCUGUCAGUGGUCCAAGAUGGCCGUCUUUCCGCAACUGCGAAAAAUUACGUGGAUGUUUUCUGAUAUUUUCCGCUCUGUCGCGCCGCACAGUCAAAGCUCGACCUUUCCCAGCUAGACAUGUACCACCGGCGUUGUGUACAGUGACACAGAGGGCUGUUUUGAAACACAGAUAAUAGAGUACAUAGGACUUCAGUCAAGAUGAGUAUCGCUGAUUACGAGCAAACUGCAGAGGAUCACCAGGCCGUGCUUGUGGUAGUGAAGCCCGCCGGUCAAAUCAACGCCAAAACGUUCAACCACAUCUUUGACCGCAUCACCCGCUGUCGCCACGUACGCUUACCAGAUUCCCAGAGGUCCUUCUGCUUACGUUACAAGAAGAGUUCCCCCGUGGAGAACAAUGUCUGGGGCGAGUUUCAGGCUCAUCGCAAAGUCAUGGGACUGUUGGUUGUUGGGAAAUGCGCGACCGCCGCUGACACCGGUGCGAUACAAGAGCGAUACAACCUACUAAAGGAACUCUACGGCUCCACGCUGUACGAUUCCCGCUGCUUGAUCUUCGGCAUGAAGCAAGAGAACGGGACCAACGCGAAAACAAACAUGGUAUAUUAUUCCAGUGUGGAAGACAGCUUUUCGCUAGAUGAGACUGUGCGGGAAUUUGCAGCCUCCCUUUUCUGGGUCCUAGAAUCAAAGAGGUUGCAGGCGGAACGUUUGGCAAGCGACAAGUCAGAAAAGCUGCCAUUGCUUCUUGCACCAUUCGAGAAGAAAGAUCUGAUUGGGAUUGAUACAGAAACAAGGGCCUUUCGGAAGCGUUGCCAGGGCCGGAUGAGGAAGUACUCUGGAGACCUGUGUCUGCUGGCAGGACUCACACAGGAAGCCCUGCUCCACUACCAGGCUUCUGCUGACAUCCUCAAGUCUGCCAACGACUGGCUCUGGCUCGCUGCUGCUUUUGAGGGAACAUGUGCUGCAUCUGUGACUGUCCAGUACCCACAUGGCACCACAAGGCCCCCUAUGCCCCGUAACCAGUCCUUCAGCGGCAGCCCCAAAGUCACGUCAGAGAGAAAGCUCUCUGGCUCACUCACUAGGGCAGCGAGCGACAGUCGCCUAACAUCUACUGGAAGCGCGUUAUGGACCGCAGUGUCUCAGUUCCUUGAUGUUUCUGCCCCUCCAACGAUGUCACCUAAUGGGUUACCAAUGGCAACAGCAGAAUUCCUGCAAGACGGCAAAGCCAAGAACUGUUUGUCGCCUGAUGAGAUCAUCGAGAAAUACAAGGAGGCUCUCAUUCAGUACAGCAAGUACUCCUAUGCUGGUGUAGUUGAAAUGGAGGCGAGUGUAAAGGCCUGUCGGGUAAUGCUUAUGCAGGGGAAAAAUCUUCAGGCGUCUGAGUUUCUCCAGAACAUGGUGUACAUCAACAUUCAACUCACAGACGAAGAUAAGAUCCAGAGAUACAACACACUGUCAGGGCUGUACGAACAGAUAGGCUUCAAGAGAAAAGCUGCCUUCUUCAAGAGAGUGGCCGCCAUGCAAUGUGUGUCCCCAAACAACCCCAACCCAGCAUGGAACUCUUGCUACCAUCUCCUACAGGAGACCUUGGAUGGUUAUAGUUUGACGCUGGACCCCCGACAGUUCCCGCGAGAGUACACGUACGGGUGGCCAGCGAUACAGCUGCGGAUUCUACACGAGAUGGUGUACACGGCCAGGAAAAUGGGCAAUCCUGCGUUAGCUGUCAGACACAUGUCCUUCCUACUGCACGCCAUGAGUGACCAUCUAGCGCCAUACGAGAGGAAAGAGUUGUCCAAGGUGUUGGAGAGCUACACUGCGAAAGUCCCGGGAACACCCGUUCCUCUGGCGCUGGAGAGCGGCGCCAUCUUACCUCCCGUGCCAAUGACAAACUUGCCAACUGUCAAGUCGUUCAAGUUGCUGGACUUGGCUCCACACUUGAGACCCAUGAAGAAACCGUCCAGCCAGGCCAGCUCAGCCUCCCUCAACAGUCCAUUCAUCUACUCACCCAUCCAGUCUAGGCAGCAGGAGAAGAAGGACCAAUCAAAAAUGGACUUCCAGUGGGUGAGUGGAGAGGUGUGUGAGAUGGCACUGCAGGUCAUUAACCCCAUGCCCUUUGAACUCAAGGUGCAGAACAUGAGUGUGAUGUCUGAAGGGAUCGUGUUUGAGCCCCUCAUCAGUAACCUGUCCCUCCCCGCCGAGUCUGGACCACUUGGUGUCACCCUACUGGGGACUCCUAAAACAGCCGGACAGCUCAAACUCGUGGGAUAUGUAACGCAUGUACUUGGAGUGAAGUCCCAUUGCAAGUUCAAAGAUUUACGACAGAUAGAGGAACCAGACUACUCUGUGGAGGUGGUUCCUGAACUGCCCAAACUACAGGUCACGACAUCACUGCCGAAAGCCGCGUUCGGAACGACCAAUCACAACCUGGGUCUCAACAAGGCCAAGGAAACCGCUGUGACAAGUGCUGCUGCUAGGCUGUAUGCUGGAGAGAGUCAAGAAUGUGUUCUAACUCUCCAAAAUGUUAGCCAGAUUCCAGUGGAAUCCAUAGACAUAAGUUUGGACACUUCCAUAAGUUCCCCAAAAGUUCCCUCCGGAUUUUUCACCUGGAAUUUGGAGAACACGAAAGCCCAACUUCCACUCCAACCUGGUGCCAUGGCAACAUUCACAGUACUAAUCAAGGCGGUGGGAGAGAUCGCAACACAGGACAGAAAAUCAGCCGAAAAUGAAGAACCCAGUAGUAGACACAGUUCACCCAAGAAGUCUCCCCAGACCAGACCCCGGUCCAUGAGAACGGCUGCCAUGACUGCUCCACCCAUGGAGGCACAACAACCUGAGGAGGAGAAAGCACAGCCAGUGGAUGCAGUGCUGAAGCUGACAUACUCAGGAGGGCAGGGUUACGAGGAAGGUUACCACAGACAAGCCUCCAUCAUACUUCAUGUGGACGUACUACAGUCACUACUCGUGUCCAAGGUCAACAUACUACCUGCUCCAAGCCCUAGACAUUGCCACUUGACGCUAGACCUCCAUAACGUCACCAGACAUGAGGUCGUCAUCAGUUACCCUGACAACGAUGACCUAAUCAUCGAGAGCAAGCAACUGAAGAGAAUUGCAGUCCGUGUGGAGAGAUUUUCCCUGCCAGAGCCGUGUACGAGUGAUGCUCCCAUCUCCAUCAUCAGCCCUGCUGAUGCCAGGAGCCAGCAGUACAGCCAACAACUCGCCACUCUCGUGGACAUCAGAUGGAAAAUGCCCUCUAGUGGAACCUGUGGAGUUGUAAACCUAGAAGGGAUCCCCAUGACACCUGAGGCGAUCGACCUCAUAAGUAUUUCACCCAUACAAUGGGAUGUUAGAAUAGACGACAAACAUUAUGAUACAGAGGAACCAGUGCAAUGCAUGGUGGGAAGGCCCAUGUCAGUGAAAGUGUCGGUUACGAACGCGUCAGCUGAAGCGGUGGAGGGGAGCACGCUUGUCGUACAGCCGUACCAGGACCUGUGGAACGGGACAGUCCUGAACAACGUUGGCGGAAAAGUUGCAUGCGUCGGAUGUCAGAAGAGGGAUGUCAAAAAGAUGGAGCCAGGUGAAAGUUUCCAGCACUCGUGUACGUUUGUGUUUUUCUGCUGCGGUGACUUCGGCCUAGACAUCCGUGCCACGUGUGCGUCCCGAGUCAGAUCGCAGGACCACAAGUGGGUUUUCACUCCCAUCGUCAGAAUAACAGUCCAAGACAAGGCCAAGAAGAGUCCGUGAAAAGUUUUCCUUCAAGCCGUUAUCACUUGAAAUGUGCAAAGACACUGGGAAUUCGGGAAGUCAAAUCAAAUUCUAACCUUGUCCGUUUAUUUGUUGAGUUUGGAAAUAAGUUUCCAUGUUAUUUGAAAGAGCACUUUCUGAAACAUUACAGUGUCAUAACUGUAGUUGCCAAGAUUGUAAGAUUUCCUAAAUUUUCAGUGUUUUUCCAAAUUUCAAGUGUUUUGACUUUAAAUAGUGUGAAAAAUAGCUGUUAAACAAGUCUGCGCUUGUAGAGUACACUGUUAUGGAAAGUGCAAUCCAGAUCAUGUAUAAAUUAUUGUAAUUUGCAUAGCACAUGCCUAAACCAAUCAGCUAGCUCCUUUCCUUGGGUGGACGUUUUGAUUGGUUGAUGUAGUUUUGCUGUUCUGUGACAGCAGAUGAUUGGUCACUUUGUAGACCAAUGAAAUGUGAUAAGUGGUGAAACAAUUUAGUGAAUUAUGUUACACUUAAUAAUGAUAUGUACCACAUUAUGAAAAUGCUCUUUGGUAGUCAAAAUGUGUGCUUCUAUCAAUGUUUUUGAGUUUACCACUACUUAUUGUCUAUGCAUUGAAGUGCAUAUUGCCAUGGAUCUCAUGUUUUCGUUUGUUGACAAUAGGCUAUGCAUAUACAGUGCAUUUUGCCAAUGCACAAAAACAGUGGAAACAGUGGCAAAUUGAUAUGACAAAUGAAUAUUGUUUGUUUAAGCAAAAAACGUUCUGGACAAGCCUGUUUUUAAGUUAUGACAUUUCAUUUCAGUGAAGCAAAGCAGUCUAAAAUCCACUCAAAGUAUAUUUGGUAGAGCUGUCCUGAAAACUACAUAUUCAGGAUAAAACUGUGUAUUUCUUAGUUGUAAAUGUGAAUAUAUGGUACAAGCUACAACCUCACUGUAUAGGUUAUGUUCAGACUGAAUAUGAGUAGUUUACGGGUUGUAUGGAGAAACCCUAUGUUACACUAUUCUAGGGAUAUUGUAUAGCAUCAAGACAUCUAAAUGGAAGAUUAGUGGAAGGAACUUGAAUGUGAACUUCUAUAGGUGAAGGUAGAAAGGUGUGAAGUUCAUAUAUGACUAGGAGACUAUGGUAAAGUAUUCUUGAUGGUUCUGAGCCACUUUUGUGUAUACUUUCAAUACAUAGUUCGAUUCCCAAGUGAGCAUUUCAGAUGGUAGGAGGCACUUUGAAAGCUUACGAGAAUGUAUGCAUGAUAAACCUAAAGUUACUUAUGGCCUUGCACAAGUCAAUGAUCUUUAAAAAUCAAUCAUUUUCUCAGUUGCCAUACAAUGCAUGAAGAAAUAACUGACCAUUAGUAUUAUUUUUUUGUGGGAUUCAGGUAGUCCAAGAACUGUUGAAUUGUCUUUGCCAUGUAGACAAUUAUGAACGUUUUGUCUGAGAAGACAUACCUUGAUAGCUGCAAGUUGGUGUGCAUUUAUUAUGGGUCAUAGCUUUAGAAGGGUUAAACAGACAUUUUUUAGUACAUUUGUACCCCUGAUGCCAUCCUUAACGUGCUUCCAAUGCCUUUAUGAACAGAAAAUAUGAUGUACAUUUUUUUCUUUCUUUUGCUUUUUUUUUCAAGCAGAGCAGAGAAUGUAGUAGUCACGAGCGACAAUCAUACAUGUGAGAAACUUGCCAAUGAAAGAAUUUAAGUCUUAGAAUCAUACAAAAGCUUUGAAAAAUUAGAGAAUGGAGACAUUAAUAUUCAAUUGUACAUUUCAUUUCACAAUGUAUAAUGUUGGUCAUAUUCAACUAUUGUAGAAAUUUGAUGACGUAAGAAUAUCCCUUAGUGUUGGAUAUUUGGUACAGUCCUUUGUUGUAUUUAUGUUUCUGGACUAGUCUAAUUCAUGGUAUGGGGAUGGGCAGGGGUGCAGUUAUGAUAUUUAUGGAAGAUGCUAUUGAUGCUUAUUAAUCUACUUUUGACUAUAUAUAUGUGCAAUUCUUCAUAGUGUAAUUUAACAGGGCUUUAUGUAACCUGUAAGUUUGGAAGUAUUCCUGCUAUAUUUGUGCAAGAGAGAAUUCCUGUACAACAAUGUAAAGAUGUGGAAAUACAAGGAUGAUGCAAAAAUCAA